GCUCAGUGUGCGGGCUGCGCUUGGAGGGACUGAUCUUGGUUGUAGAACCACAUGACAGGGCACAACAAGGAGAAGCGUUAUGACUGCAACGUAUUUGGCAAGGCCUGCUGGAGUCCGAGGCAGCGAGAAGCCCCACGGCUGCUCCACAUGCGGCAAGAGCUUUGCCUGGUUUUCGAAGCUGCGGGAGCACCAGUCGGUGCACAGCAGUGAGCGGCCCUUCACCUGCUCCGACUGCGGCAAAGGCUUCAAGUUAUCUAAGCACCUGAAAGUGCACGUGCGCCUGCACACCGGGGAGCGGCCCUACAUCUGCAGCGACUGCGGCAAGUGCUUCAACCAGCCCCAAAACCUGCUGAUGCACCAGCGCACCCACACCGGGGAGCGGCCCUACACCUGUGCCUAGUGCGGCAAGGGCUUCAACCGCUCCUGCAGGCUGC